AAUAAAGUGUGGGAAAGAGUGGGCGUCUCGGCGUAGUAAAACAUUUGAUACGUUGUAGUGAACCAAACACAUAUUUAUGAACGUGAUGCGCCAGUAGCUAACAUUUCAAUUGCGACUGUGUGUGUGAUAAAUACACCGAGUUCACGAAGCGAAAAGGUUGCGUUGUGUGAGGAAGAGACCGACGAUUGACCGGAGAUUCCGUGGGAAACGUCCUAUGUUAUGUGUCCUAAUAUAUGUAUUUGUUAGUUUGAGUAUGUUUAUGAAACAAAAAGUGUGUUGUGGAAUUUAAUCGCGUGCGAUGGGAGUCACCGGCCUGUGGCGGCUGGUUGAGCCCGCGGGGAAGCCGGUACCAGUCGAGACUUUAGAGAACAAAGUGCUUGCCGUGGAUAUCUCAAUAUGGUUGCAUCAGGUUGUGAAAGGUUAUCAAGAUGCCAAAGGAGCACCUUUACCAAAUGCCCAUCUCAUAGGUCUCUUCCAGCGCCUCUGCAAGCUGCUCUAUUUCAGGAUAAAGCCUAUAUUUGUUUUUGAUGGUGCAUUUCCAGAAUUGAAAAAAGAAACAAUUGCAAAACGGCAAGAUAGUAAAAACAAGUACCAUUCAGAAUCUGAGCUUAAAAAGGAGUUGGCCGUCCUUCUCAGCAAGAAAACUGCAAUUGGUAGCUUGUUGGGAAAACAGAUAUCUCCGACUAAGAGAACUAACCCAAUUAAUAAAGAGCAAGAUGACAUGUUCAAGUUGCCUGCCUUGCCACAAAAGGAGGAAUCUGAGUCAGAGUCAUCAGAUGAUGAAGACACAUCAAGUGGCUCCAUUGUUGAUUUACAUUCUGUAGACCUUCAGUCUGACAGUUUCAAGAAGUUGCCAACUAAAGAAAAGUAUGAUCUGCUUAUUGAACUGAAGGAAACAAGAAAAAUGAAUUCCUGGGGUAAACUUCACACACUGCCAAAGAAAAGUGACAACUUUUCUGACUUCCAAAUGCAGAGAUUACUAAAGAGAAGAAAAGUACAAGAAUGUAUAGAAGAAACAGAAAAAGAAAUGGGAGAUGUUGGUAUGUCAAUGAAUGAAUUGGAAUCAUUACUGAAUGAAGAAGGUAUUGACACGAAAAUAGAUAGUUUACCCACUCGCCGCAUCGCGUCCAAUAAUAACACUAGAUACUUACUCAUUAAUAAUGUUAGAGAAGCUUUGGCAAAAGCCAAAGAAAGAAAUGAAGUAGAAAAUAAACCACAGACAAGCACAGAAGAAUCCAUAGAAAAACCAGCUAAACAUAAUGAAUUAGAGGAUGAUCUGCAAAAAGCCAUACAAAUGUCUUUGGAGUCUGAUGAACCUAAUACAAGUGGAUGUCAAUCUAAGACUGACGAGUCUUGGACCUCAGUUUUAACAGACACAGAUUACUCAGAUAUUCAGAGUGAUUCUGAAGAAGAACUAGAACUGCCUGAUAUGUCUACUGCAAAAGCUUACAUUAUGCAAUAUAGUGAUUACACACAUAAAGCUAUUGAAAAAAUCGUAACUAAACGAUCAAAAACUGGAAAAACCAAAUCGAAGGUACCUGAGAUAAACCAAAUAUUACAGGAAAUAAAUAGUGAAAAGUCAAUAAUAGCUGAUAAUGUUGAACUAUCUUCAAGUGAUGAAGAGUCAGGUCCAGAAAUAAUUAAUUCAGAAAACUCGGACAAAAAGAGUAUUGAGGAUGAGAAGCAAAAUACACUGGAUGAAACAGAUGAAAAUAUAGAAUCCACUCAAGUAUCAGUUAUGUUUGUUGAAAAUACUGAACCAGAUGUAAUAUCUUUAGACUCCGAUGUUGAAGAACCUAUUGGAGAAACGCAAACAAUUAAUGUAAUAGGCAAAAAAUCUAUAGUUAGUGAUAAAGAGUCCAGUGGUGUUGAGGAAUUAGAAAAAGUACCUGAUAAAUCACAAGAAACAGUGAAGACCGUAAAAGAAAGUAUUAAUAAUGCUAAGGAUUUAGAGUCUAGUGAUACUGAUGAUGAGUUUGAAGAAGUACCUGAAAUAGAAGAUAAGCUUCGCAAGCCGGUCGUAGAACUCACGCUAAAAGUGGAUGACAUUCCAAAUGAUGAAGAUGAUAUUUUUGCAGAUGUUUUUAUGCCCAUUGUUAAUUCCAAUAAUAUUAAGGAAAGCAGUGUCCUAAAACCCGUAAAAAAUACUUUAGAAAACAUUGUCCUUAAGAAAGAACCAAUUGAGAAUACAGUUAAAGCCCAACCUAAAUUAUCAGAAGUUAAUAGCGCUCAAAUAGCAACAGAAUAUGUGAAGCAUGAACUAGAAGACCUAAUUACAGAUGAAGAUGAUGAACUACAGAAAGCCAUACAAAUGUCUUUGGAAUAUAAACAGCCAAAAGAACCUUUAACUACUGAAAAACUAAACUCAAUGGUAGAAGAGAUUCAAAACGAGGAACAGGAUUUGAUACAAGAAAAAGGCAGACUGGAUCGUAUAGGAAGGAAUAUUACUGAACAAAUGACAAAAGAGGCCCAAGAAUUAUUACAGAUUUUCGGCAUUCCGUACAUUGUUGCUCCAAUGGAAGCUGAAGCGCAGUGUGCAUUUCUAGAAAGUGUUAAAUUGACAGAUGGCACUAUUACGGAUGAUAGCGAUAUUUGGCUAUUUGGAGGUCAGACAGUUUACAAGAAUUUCUUCAACCAAAAGAAACAUGUCUUACAGUAUGUCUCGGAAAGGAUCGAAAAGUCUUUCAAUCUAAACCGGGAGCAGUUAAUAUUACUAGCGCUCUUGGUCGGGAGCGACUACACAACAGGAGUGGCCGGCGUCGGCCCAGUCACAGCCAUGGAAAUACUGGCUUCCUUCCCUUUCAACAAGAAGCAAGUCCUAGCGGAAACCUCCAAGCAAAUCAGAUACGCGAAACUGUUGGAUGGCUUGAAGGAAUUCAAACUAUGGGUUAAGGCGGGAAAGAGGACGGACAACACAAGUUUGAAGAAGAAACUGAGAAAUGUUACGCUGUCAGAGGAUUUUCCUAGUAUUAGAGUUGUUCAAGCUUAUAUGGAGCCAAACGUGGAAAAAAGCGAGGACAAAUUUACAUGGGGAGAAUUAGACAUAACUGUGUUGAGGGACUACGCGAAAAGUAAAUUUGGAUGGUCUCAACAGAAAUUUGACGAGAUAUUAAAACCUGUACUAGCAAGAAUGAAAGAUAGGAAGAAUCAAAAGACGGUGCAUGAUUAUUUCAAAAGGAGAAUAGAGUUUCACUCGUUGGAGGACCAAUUGAGUAAAAGAGUUAAAGCAGCUGUGCAGAAAAUGGGUCCGGAAGGAGAGAAUGCCGAAGCAAAUGCUACUGACGGAGACAAUGUAAAACCUACUAAGAAACGAAAAAACCUGAAAACUUCAGCAGAAAAUGAAGCAGGGCCUUCUAAACCAAAACAAAAGAGAAAACAAGCAGAAGAUUCGAAACAUGUUGUCAAAGUGGUUGAAGUUAAAGAUGGUAAAACGGGCAUAGAAAUCAAUGUACCAAAGACUGAUAGGUAUCAAGAGAUUAUCCCACAAAGAGAGAAAGAUAAACGCCAUCUGCUUGAAAAUAAAAUGAAAGCUAUUGAGAUCUUCAGGAAAACCACAAUAGACCGUAAGCAAAAACCCAAGAAAAGGAAACCCAUUUUGCCGAAGGAUAAGGCAGAUUUAUCCGAGAGCAGCAGUAGUGAUUAACGUUGUUAUUGUUAUUUUUAUAUGGCACGUUACUUAUUUAUGAAGGUAAAAUAAAAAUAUUUUUUUAUAAAAUAGUCAAUUUUAUUGUUUACAUCAACUUUUUCGGUUAACUAAGCAUAGUUUUAAAAAUGAUUAAUUACAUUUAUUGACAAUAUUUGUAAACACACAGAUGAUAAUGCGAUAAAUAAAAUAAAUAUCACUAAAUUAUAUCUAUAACUUUAGCCGAAUUUGAUUUCCAAAAUGAUAAAGUUUUAAAUUUUAAGAAGUGCCUAGUGUACAUGUAUACAAAAUUAAAUUCCAUGUAUUUUUGCACAUAACUGCAUAGGUCAGCACUUCUCAAGUUUUUUUUUCACGUUAUUCCCGACUAUACAUAAGUGACAUACUACGCAUCUAAUUUCUUUUUGCAGAAUUUUCUUCUGAUUUAAUUUUAGAUAUGCUAUAAGUACUUAUUAGUUAUUAAUUAUAUUUAUUUCUAUCUAUCCAUCCUUUGCCUUUUUACAGUUAAAUUACGCGAACACAAUGAAACUGCAAAGCAAUAAAUAAAUCUUAGUAAGAUAAACUUUAAUCAUGCGUGACCAGGGUCUUAAAAAUUAUAACGAAAUAAUAAACUAGCAUUGAAAGAAGUUAAAAGUUUCGUUCCUCUCCUCUUUAGGACCUAUUUACACAGUGCGAGUAGCGAGAACUUAA